AACAGAGAGGAAAGGUCUUAAGCCCAUUAAGCUAUCUAUUCAUCAAAUCCAGGCAAUUGCCCAAUCAGCAAAACAAAAUCACAAAAGCCCAAUUCAAAAGCAAAUAUGAUUUAAAGGGUUUGGUUCAGAGAUCCGGUUGGCAGAGCAAACAUUAGCCAAGUGUACCAGGUUUUCCACGUGUAGUGAGCCUGAGCUCGAGCUCUGAGCACUCGCGAUGGCCAUGACGUAAGGGUAACCACAUCAUUCUUCAGUCUUCACACCAUAGGUCCCGCAAACGUCGACCCACAGUCCCACUAUCCUCGCGCGAAGCCAUGGCUGAUCGUUUCUUUCCAAAUGUUAUGCCAGACUACGUUGCAGAAACCCCACCAACCCAAGAAGAAACACCCCCCCAAGGAGGGGAGGACUCGCUUAUCAAGCUUCUCUCUAUGCCCUUUUCUGCACUCUCUCAGAGGCUCAAACGAACAGCUCUCGAUCUCAAAGAAACCGCUGUGAUAGAGACUUGGGGACUCACUGGGCAACAUGUGCGAGACUUUACCCUCUAUUCUGGGGUUCUUGGGACAGCUUACUUGCUGUUCAGAGCGUAUCUAGUUACUGCCAACAAGACUGAUCUGGGUCUUUGCUCUGAGAUUGUGAAAGCCUGCGACUCUGCUUCUUUGGGUUCAAGGGAUGUUACAUUUAUAUGCGGACGAGCUGGUGUUUGUGCUCUUGGUGCUGUUGCAGCAAAGCACAAUGGUGAUGAACGUUUGAUGAAUUACUAUUUAACUCAAUUUAACGAGAUAAAACUGCCACGAAGUCUCCCUGAUGAGUUAUUGUAUGGGAGAGUUGGGUUCUUAUGGGCGUGUUUGUUCUUAAACAAACAUAUAGGCCAGGGAACAGUUCCUCCUACCUACACUGGAGCAGUUGUAAGUGAAAUUAUUAAGAACGGAAGACGAUUGGCUAACAAGGGAAGAUGCCCAUUGAUGUUUGAAUGGUAUGGGGAAAAGUAUUUGGGUGCUGCCCAUGGCUUGGCGGGGAUUAUGCAUGUUUUAAUGCACAUGGAAUUGAAAAUUGAUGAGAUUGAGGAUGUUAAGGGUACUCUACGAUACAUGAUUAAGAAUCGGUUUCCAAGAGGGAACUACCCUGCAAGUGAAGAAGAUAGAAACGGGGAUGUUCUUGUGCACUGGUGUCAUGGGGCUCCUGGAGUUGCUCUCACACUUGCCAAAGCAGCUGAGGUUUUCGGAGAUGAUGAAUUUCUGGAAGCAGCUAUCGAUGCAGCAGAGGUAGUUUGGAAUCGUGGGCUGCUCAAGCGAGUUGGGGUUUGCCAUGGCAUUAGUGGGAAUGCUUAUGUGUUUCUCUCACUGUACCGACUGACAGGCAAAAUGGAGUUCUUAUACAGGGCCAAAGCAUUUGCUUGCUUUCUACUUGAUAGAGCUCAUAAACUUAUAUCAGAUGGAGAGAUGCAUGGAGGUGAUAGCCCCUACUCACUUUUUGAAGGGUCAGGUGGUAUGGCUCAUCUUUUUCUGGACAUGAUCGAACCCUCUGAGGCCAGGUUCCCAGCUUAUGAACUCUGAAAAUUUAUGUAUCAUGGAGGAGAAAAUUUAUAGAGGAGAGGGAUGACUUUUGAUGGCCAUUCACUGAUUCCCACUUCUUGGUUUCUCCUCCCGGAGGAAUGGGCUGGUUUCCUGGAUGUUGAAAGGUGGAAUCUUCCUAGUAUUUUCUUGAUUUUAAAUUCGUAUGUGUGUUGGAGGAAUAAGUUGACAUUAAAUUAAUGGUUUCAGAGUGAGGUUUAUUUAUUAUCUGUGCCCACCUCUCCCACAUGGAGCUUUACGUCAUCGUUUCUUUUGGUUUUUUUGAGGCAUUUAACCCAAUACCUUUUGUAGAGAAGAGGGGAUGAUCUAUUACAUAAAUGAUGUGCAUUCCAAAAGAUCAUAUUUAGAGAGAG